AAUUGAUCAGAGCGGUCACACUUCCCACUUCGUUGAAAAAAAUCGGACGCGUUCUGCGCGUUGUCCGCGCUAGAAUAAAAAUAAGUUUUAACUGUGGCUUUGAAUAUUUAUUUUAAAUGAGAAAUAUUUAAUAGAUAGCCAGCAAACGCAUAGAUACAGAAAAGUAUUGAUUUUCGUCCAAGAUGGCGGACGACGAGCAAUUCAGCUUGUGCUGGAACAACUUCAACACGAAUUUGUCGGCUGGCUUCCACGAGUCGCUAUGUCGCGGCGACCUGGUGGACGUAUCGCUGGCCGCCGAGGGGCACAUAGUGAAGGCCCACCGCCUGGUGUUGUCCGUCUGCUCGCCCUUCUUCCGCAAGAUGUUCACCCAGAUGCCGUCGAACACCCAUGCCAUCGUAUUCCUGAACAAUGUGAGCCACUCGGCGCUGAAGGACCUCAUCCAGUUCAUGUACUGCGGCGAGGUCAACGUGAAGCAGGACGCCCUGCCCGCGUUUAUUAGCACCGCGGAAUCGCUGCAAAUCAAGGGGCUAACGGAUAACGACCCUGCGCCGCAGCCACCGCAAGAGCCCAGCCCGCCGCCAGCAGCACCUCAUGUACAACAACAGCAAAUACCGGCUCAGCGGGUUCAGCGCCAGCAGCCACGAGCCUCCGCCCGCUACAAGAUCGAGACCGUGGACGACGGACUGGGCGACGAUGCCAAGGGCACCACCCAGAUCGUCAUCCAGACCACGGCCGCACCCCAAGCCACCAUUGUACAACAGCAGCAGCCGCAGCAACAGCAGGCGACGCAGCAGAUCCAGACGCAGCAGCAGCUGCAGACGGGAACCACGACGACGGCGACGCUGGUGUCGACAAACAAACGCUCCGCCCAGCGAUCCUCCCUGACCACCGCCUCCUCCAGCGCCGGCGUGAAGCGCUCCAAGACCAGCGUCUCUGCCAAUGUAAUGGACCCCCUCGAUUCGGCCACUGAAACUGGAACCACGACAACCACCCAACUGGUACCGCAGCAGAUCACCGUGCAAACCGCAGUGGUCUCAGCGGCCGAGGCCAAGCUCCACCAGCAGACGCAGCAGGUCCGCCACCAGCAGCCGCAGCAGCAGGAGGAAGCCGAGUACAUUGAUCUCCCCAUGGAAUUACCCACGAAAUCGGAACCUGACUACUCUGAGGACCAUGGCGAUGCCGCCGGCGACGGCGAGGGUACCUAUGUGGAGGACGAUGCCUACGGGGACAUGCGCUACGACGACAGCUACUUCACGGAGAACGAGGAUGCGGGCAACCAGUCGGCGGCGAAUACGAGCGGCGGCGGAGUGACUGCCACCACGUCCAAGGCGGUGGUCAAGCAACAGUCGCAGAACUACAGUGACUCUUCGUUUGUCGACGCCAGCGCGGAUCAAGGCAACACAGAGGCGCAAGAUACGGAGAUCAGUUUCAUCCGGAGCCAGAAGAAGAAUGCCCAGCUGGUCUACCGGGACUACAUCUACAACAAGAAACUCACCCAGGCCAAUGGACAGACCACCUGGCGGUGUGCGGAUGUCCUCAAGCUGCGCUGCAAGGCGGUGGUCAUCACCCGGAAUGGUAGCUUCGUCGACGCCCGCCGCCAGCACAACCACGGGUCCCACGCGUCGAGGAUUGGCCAACGGCAGCUCUACAAGGUGGAGCAGGAGCUGGAGGAGUACAUCGAGAUCUGCACGUCGAACCCGAAGAUCUCACAGUACCUGGGCAGCAGCAAUAUCAUUGUGACCGCCAAGGACGGCAAGGACUGCAAGCUCUUCCUGCCCGCCGCCGAGGCCACCGAGAUCGAGAUGCAGGCCCUGGUUGACGCUGCGGAAGAGGAGGAGGAACUGCAGGCCGAGGCGGAUGAGCAUCGGGCACAGCAGCGGGACCGCGAACGGGAGGCCAGGUGGCAGGCGGAGGAAGCUAAACGCCGAUCCCUGCUGAAGACCAAGCCCCUCUAGGAGUUAUCAACUAGCACCUAAGAUUGUAUUAGUCUCGAAGUGGGCCGAUUUCUUUAGAGAACUAACAGCCAAAUUGUAAGCAAUCAAUCGGUUUUCUCGGAGGCUUUAGAGCUGGUAUCAUGUUGAAUCUUAUGAUAGAUCUGAUAUUUUAUUAGGUCUAUCAUAAGAUUUCUUAGUUAAUUUCAAAAGAAGUCAGUUAAUUGUUCAUUUUUGUGCACAUAUCAUGUGCACUUCAUCAAGUUUGUAAAAUGUAUUGGGGUAUUCUCGUCCAUACGUUUAACUAGUGGUAGGUUUCUAAGUAAACAUUUUACCUUAAAUUGCCAACAUCUAAUUUAAGUAUGUAAAUUUUGACAAAGAUUACCAAUAUAUUACCCAUAAGGAUGAAUCUACUUUAAGAUUUGCCCACAUAUUCAUAGAAUUCUUAAUUAUUAUGUCAACCAAACAUGAUACUGGUUUUAUAAUGGUUCAAGACAACUUCAGCAAAUCGGCCCUCCUACUCGAACUUAUUUUAAGACUUUUCUGACUUCUGUAAACUUAAUUCGUACUUACCCCCUAAUAAACUGAGAC